AUGUCUACUUCAACUAUACAACUGCUAGCUUCUGAUAAACUUAAUGGAGACAAUUACGGAAUAUGGAAAUCGAAUUUAAACACAAUACUAGUUAUUGACGAUCUAAGGUUCGUUUUAACGGAGGAGUGUCCUCCAGCCCUUGCCCCUAAUUCAAACCAAACAGUUCGGGAUGCCCAUGAUAGAUGGUUUAAAGCUAAUGAAAAAGCUCGUGUCUACAUUUUAGCCAGUAUAUCAGAUGUAUUGUCUAAAAAGCACGAGGGAUUAGCUACUGCAAGAGAGAUCAUGGACUCUCUACAAGCCUUGUUUGGACAACCAUCAACAUCUAUCAUACAUGAUGCGAUUAAGUAUGUUUACAACUGCAGAAUGAAGGAAGGAUCUUCCGUAAGGGAGCAUGUUUUGAACAUGAUGGUUCACUUCAAUGUUGCAGAAGUGAACGACGCAGUCAUGAACGAAAUAAGUCAGGUUGGAUUCAUCAUGCAAUCUCUUCCGAAGAGUUAUUUUCAAUUCAAAACGAAUGCUAUGAUGAAUAAGAUUGAAUACAGCUUGACAACCCUUCUGAAUGAACUCUAA